GAAUCUAAUCAUUGUGUCAACGACUCUCAUAAGAAAUACAACUGUAGCCGCUGUAUAGCCUGUCACUUCAUCAGUUGAUUUCAGUUCGUUUUUACGUUUCAUUUAAUUUUAGUCUGCAAUUUUUGUUUAAAACCAAAUUUCAACCAUCAAUCAGAAAUAAAAUGUCUGCAGUGACUAAAGGUAUAUUCAUCGUUGGAGCAAAGCGUACAGCAUUCGGUACCUUUGGAGGCGCAUUCAAAAACACCUCAUCAACAAUUCUUCAAACUGCAGCUUGCAAGGCAGCCCUGCAAGCAGCAAACUGCAAUCCAGAACUGGUCGAUUCAGUUAAUAUUGGCAAUGUUAUCCCAGCAUCGUCACCUGAUGGAGGUUAUUUACCACGUCAUGUUUCAUUGCAUUCUGGUGUUCCGAUUGAUAGACCUGCACUUGGUUUGAAUCGAUUGUGUGGUUCUGGUUUCCAGGCGGUUGUUAGUGGAGCUUUGGACAUUAUGAGUGGCUCGGCACAAAUAUCAUUGACUGGUGGAGUGGACAAUAUGAGUCAAGCACCGUUUAUCGUUAGAAAUACGAGAUUUGGUACAACGUUGGGCGGAAGUUACAAUUUUGAAGACAGUUUAUGGACGGCCUUAACUGACAGUUACUGCAAAUUGCCUAUGGCUUUGACUGCAGAAAAUCUGGCUGUGAAAUACAAUAUCAACAGAGAAACAGUUGACAAAUUCGCUCUACGAUCUCAACAGAAUUGGAAGAAAGGUCAAGAUGAAGGUGCAUUCAAAGCCGAAAUUGUUCCUUUCAAACUAAAAGUCAAAGGAAAGGAGGUAGAAUUUUCCGUUGAUGAACAUCCAAAGCCGCAAACAACAAUGGAAAGUUUAGGAAAACUAUCUCCAGUUUUCAAAAAAGAUGGUGUUGUGACUGCUGGUUCCGCAUCUGGUAUAUGCGAUGGAGCUGCAGCUGUUUUAUUGGCUUCCGAAUCGGCAUCAUCUAAACAUAAUUUGAAGCCGUUGGCCAGAGUAGUAGCUUAUUCCACAGUGGGUGUUCCACCAGAAAUUAUGGGAUUCGGACCAGUGCCUGCCAUACAAAACGUAUUGAAGGUCGCUAAUCUGACUUUGGAUGACAUUGAUUUGAUUGAAAUAAACGAAGCAUUUGGCGUUCAAGCACUGGCUUGUGCACAAGCUUUAAACAUUGACUUCAACAAAUUUAAUGUAAAUGGCGGAGCCAUUGCGCUGGGCCAUCCAUUAGCUGCCUCUGGUUCACGUAUCACUGGUCAUUUGGUACAUGAAUUAAGACGGAAAAAUCUAAAACGAGCAAUUGGAUCUGCCUGUAUUGGCGGUGGUCAGGGAAUCGCUGUUUUAAUUGAAGCUGUUUAGACCUACAAGAAUUUGACAUUUUUUUGUAAGCAUUUUUCUAUCAAAUACAUUUGUAUUGUGUACCAUUGAAACACUGACUGA